GUCCAGUGCAGUGAAAACGCUUUUCUUCAAUUUGCCUUAUCGUCUAAAACCCCUCAAAAGGCGAAAACUGAAAUCAUUUUGCAGUAAUCGACGAUUUUGAGAAUGGCUCUUAUUCAAUCCAGAACUCUUCCACAGCUCAAUAUCCCGUUGUCGCCGAUUCUAUCCUCUCUUCAUGCUCCGUCGUCUCUCGUUCUCCGCAGGGAAAUCCGAGCUGCAGCCUCGCCGUUCUACUCCUCCUCCGCCAGGAACUUUCCCAUAUCGCCGCUGACGCCCUCACGGAAGCUUCUCUGUCCUCCACCUCGAGGCAAGUUUGUUAGAGAAGAUUAUCUUGUGAAGAAAUUGUCAGCUCAAGAACUUCAAGAAAUGGUGAAAGGGGAUAGGACGGUGCCCUUGAUUGUAGAUUUUUAUGCGACAUGGUGUGGACCUUGUAUCUUGAUGGCCCAGGAACUAGAAAUGCUCGCAGUAGAGUAUGAGAGCAAUGCAGUAAUUGUGAAAGUCGAUACAGAUGAUGAGUACGAGUUUGCACGCGACAUGCAGGUUAGGGGCUUACCUACAUUAUUGUUCAUCAGUCCUGACCCAAGCAAAGAUGCGAUAAGGACAGAAGGACUGAUUCCAUUACAGAUGAUGCGCGAUAUCAUUGACAACGAGAUGUGAAGUCUUGUUUAGUGCAAAAAACACUUUCUUGGUCUUUAGGAGUUGAAUAGCAUUCGCCGUAAUUUUAGGAUUGGUACCGAGUUGUAUUUUGCAUUUGAGAGGCGGUAAGAAAAUGUCAUCCGAGGUUUUCGUAGAUGAAGAAUGUAAUAUUUUAAAAGACACGCACUAUGCAGUGUUAGUUACGUGCCAUUGAGCUGAUCAGAUCGAGUGACGUCAUUAAAGUAUUUGACGUAAUUAAAGUAUUAAA